AUGUUGGAUAAAGGUGUUAUCGUGAGAGUAGACACUCCGACUGACUGGUGUUCACCUCUUGUCAUUGUCCCUAAAAAGGACAAUUCAAUAAGACUUUGCGUAGAUUUUACUAAACUUAAUGAGAGUGUGAAACGAGAACUAUAUCCUGUGUCUUCUGUAGACUACACUCUGGGACAAUUAGAUGGUGCUAAGGUGUUCUCGAAACUAGAUGCUAACUCGGCGGAUUCCUCGUCAUACGGUAUUGGAGUUGCACUACUUCAGCUUCAAGAAGAUGGAACUAAACGUCCUGUGGCCUAUGCUUCGAGAAGUUUGACAUCAGCCGAACGUAAUUGGGCUCAAAUAGAAAAAGAAGCUCUAGCGAUUGCAUGGGGGUGUGAACGAUUUGAACACCUCAUUUUAGGGUUGCAUUUGCAUAUUGAGACAGACCAUAAGCCCUUGCUCUCCAUAUUCAAGAUAAAGGACUUGGACAAUAUUACUCCCAGGCUUCAGAGAAUACGACUCCGACUGAUGAGAUAUACAUAUGAUAUUACCUACACGCCCGGUAAACAGUUGAUUUUGGCUGAUGCACUGUCUCGAGACACAGAGAACUCUGAAGAAGAAUGGGAACUUACAGAGGAAAUCCUUGCAUAUAUACAAAAUAUUGACACUACUCUACCAUCAGUUUCGGAUGAAAAGUUGCGAGAAAUAAAUCAAGAAACCAUGAAAGAUGAAACUCUAAAACAUGUGUCUCAGUAUUGUGUGAAAGGUUGGCCGGAAAAAUCUAAGAUUCCAGAGGAUGUAUUGCCCUACUGGUAUCAUAGAGAAGAUAUAAGUGAGCAAAAUGGUAUACUUCUCUUUGGAAGUCGUAUUAUAAUACCAAAUUCUCUAAGAGCUAAUGUACUAAGAAGUAUUCAUGAAGGACAUCAAGGCAUAACAAAAUGUAGAUCUUUUGCAAAAUUGACUGUGUGGUGGCCUCGUCUUUCUCAACAAAUCAAAGAACUAGUAGAAAAUUGCAAGAUAUGUGCAGAAAAUCGUGCUACGAGAGCAGAGCCGCUGAUACCAACCCCUUACCCGGACAGACCUUGGCAAAUAGUGGGGGCCGAUUUGCUGAAGUGCAAAGGUCACUGGUAUCUCUUAAUCUCAGACUAUUAUUCCAGGUUUAUGGAAAUUGCUAGACUAAAUGACUUAAAAAUGGGCACUAUUGUGACAUAUACAAAGUCCAUCUUCGCACGUCAUGGUGUACCUGAGACAGUGAGAGCAGACUGUGGUUCUCAAUUUGACUGCUGUCAAUUCAAACAACUUGGUCGUGAUUAUGGAUUUAAAUUGAUUACAUCAAGCCCAAAAUUUCCACAAAGCAACGGCUUCAUCGAAGCGCAAGUAAAAAACUUUAAGUACCACUUAGAAAAAAGUGAUGAUCCCUACAAAAUGCUACUUAUGUUAAGAGCAACCCCUCUAGAAAAUGGGAAAAGUCCAGCGGAAUUACUUUUCGGGAGAAGGAUCCGCACUUAUGUUCCAAUAAUGUCUGAUCAACUAAGACCCUAUCUGGUAGACGCUGAAAAGUUAAGGGAAAAGGAAGAAGCAAGAAUUGAUUGUCAAAAGAUUUAUUUUGACAAAAGACAUAGAGUCAAAGAAUUGCCUACUCUACCUGAUGGAGCUCAAGUCCAUAUAAAGGACAGGAAUCAAGGAAGAACUAUAUUAAACAUCCUGCACCUCGAUCCUAUAUAA